AUGGAGUCGUCUCCAGAUUGGAGUAGCUUUGCUUUCAUUCAUUCCGAAUAUCCAACCUACGAGCAUUUUCAUGCCAACCAUGACAGCGUUGCCACUGACUCUUCGAAUCACUCUCCUGGGUACAGCAUCGUCCAUUCACCACCAUUCACAUUCCUUGUUGGACCUAAUCAUGACAAAUUGACAAUACAAUCGGGUCUUGCCCGCCAUGUCUCCCAACCGCUCGAUCAUCUCAUGAACAAUGGCCUCACCAGGGAGUCCAAGCAUCAUAUUGCUGUUCUAGAGGACGAGGAUGUCGAGACCUUUGUGGCCUUUUGCGAGUAUGCCUACACGGGCGAUUACAGCGUGCCUACACCGGGAUCUCGCAAGGGUGAGAAGGAUGAGCCCAGCAAUGACCCGACGUUCAAUGAGAUGUUCUCGAAUCCCAAUCCCUUCGCCUCGGCCGUUCCUCCCCCAGCACCAUCUCCUCCCCCGUCUGCCAAGUUUUCGGACAGGAACCUGGACGUGCCAGAUAGUGGGGACUCGAAGACUGCCGAGGCAACUGAGGCGUCGGCGCAGCCGCAGAAGGAGGGCAAGGACGUGAAGGAUGCAAACGACGACGUGGGAGAGGAUGUUGCGGCACCCGAUGAUCCGCCACAGGAUCUGGCAUCAAACUGUGACGAGCCAAGUGAGCAGCCUCUGGCUACCUCUGCUGCCGAAGAGGGGUUUUUCUGGGGUCUCGAGGAGGACGCCACGCCCUCGAAGGGCAAGAAAGCGAAGAAGUCAAAGAAGGGCAAGAAGAAACAGCAAGGUGGUGCGACGGCAGAGGAACCAAUGUCUAACCUGACUCCUCCAACAACCCCUCCUCCUGGAAAUCUUGAUGACCAGAUUGAUAGCCCGCUCACAGUCGAGACUACUACAAUGCUGGAUGAUCCGAUCCCAGUGAUGGAACCUACUAAAGUAGAUGAGGCAGUGGAGGUUGUGGAAGUUCCUGAGCCCACUGGAGCGGACCAGUCCCCUGAUGCUGCUGCACUGUCGGAUACUGAGAGUUGGGAUCGAGCAACUUCUGUGCCUCCCAAUGUCAAGGGCACCCUCAAUCAGAAGGUGGAGCUUGAUCACGACAGUCAAAAGCAGGACAAAGUCAAGGAAGAGGUUGCGUCUCCCCGAAGCCAGAUGAAAGCGUUCAUUGACACCUCUUUCGCCAAGCAGCUGUAUCUUUCGCGCCGCCCAACUGGAGUUGGUCUCUGGGAUGAGUUUGUGAGCUUGGACUAUUUUGAUCAUCCCUCGACCUAUGGGACAAGGCCACUCACCCCAACCGCGACACACUCGGAUCCAACCAAGUCAGAUCUCCCAUAUCUUAUCUUCCACGCCAAGCUGUACGUUUUCGCUGUACGAUAUUUGAUUCCCGGUCUGGCGCAGUUGUGUCUCCGAAAGCUUCACGCGGAUCUGCUGCGCCUGGCUUUUCCUGAUCCGAAAGACGGCGAAGGGAAGGAAGAGCGAGCUGCUUUGACCGCAACCAAGGGCAGAAUGGUCCUUGACCUUCUCCACUUCACCUACACCAAGACGACCCGUCUGGAGCCAAUUUCACCAACCUCGGCCACUCAGCUUCGCGACAACGAGCUUCGGAAACUCGUUGUACACUACGCAGCCUGCAAGGUGAGAGAGCUCGCAGAAUACUGCGGUCCAAUGGAAAGUAUAGUAAGCUCGCCAUUCCCUUCACCAGUGGACAAACGGCCACGAAUGGCGGAUCGACCUUCCAGCCGUGGUUUCCGCGCGCUCUUGGAUUCGACAACCGAACUUGCCUCGGACUUGGUCUUCCGCAUGGUGUGA